AUGUUAAUCUUCAAAAUCAUGAAAAACAUCACACUGCAGAGAAACCCUAUGGAUGUAAUCAAUGUGGUAAAGCUUUUGCAUAUAGUAGUAGUCUUCAAAUACAUGAAUGAAGUCACACUGGAGAGAAACUUUAUAAAUGUACUCAGUGUGGGAAAGCUUUUGCAAGUCGCAGUUAUCUUCAAAUACACCAAAAGAGUUCACACUGGAGAGAAUCCCUAUGAAUGUACACGAAAGAAUUCAUACUGGAGAAAACCUCAUGUAUGUCAGCAAUGUGGUAAGGCCUUUGUCUUAAAACGUGAUCUUCAAAUACAUGAAAGAACUCACACUGGAGAGAAACCGUAUAGAUGUAAGCAAUGUGGUAAGACCUUUGUAUGUAGUAGCAGUCCUAAAAUACAUGAAAGACAUCACACUGGAGAGAAAGCUUGUGAAUGUAAUCACUGUGGUAAAGCCUUUUCAAGUCACAGUUAUCUUCAAGUACACAAAAGAGUUCAUACUGGAGAGAAACCCUAUGGAUGUAAUCUUUGUGGUAAAGCCUUUGUAAGUCACAGUUAUCUCCAAGUACACAAAAGGGCUCAUACUGGACAGAACCCAAAUAAAUGUAAUCAAUGUGGUAAAGCCUUUGUAAGUCACAGUUACCUUCAAAUACAUAAAAGACUUCAUACUGGAGAGAAAGCCUAUGGAUGUAAUCUUUGUGGUAAAGCCUUUACAUAUAACCGAGAUCUUCAUAGGCAUGAAAUAAUUCACACUGGAGAAAAACCUUAUGGAUGUAAUCAGUGUGGUAAAGCCUUUGCAAGCCGCAGUUAUCUUCAAAUACACAGAAGAGUUCAUACUGGAGUGAAACCAUAAGAAUGUACUCAGUGUGGUAAAGCCUUUGCGUAUCACACUAGUCUUUGUAAUCACAAAAAAUCUCACACUGGACAGCAUCCUAUAGAUGCAAUUGAUGCAAUGAAAGUUUGGCUCAUCAGUAUAAUCUUGAACCACAUCACAGACUGAAUAUUUGAGAAAAACCCAAGACAUAAUCAAUGUCAUAAUACCCCUACAUGUCAUAGUCUUCUUCAAUGUCAUGAAAACGUUCCUACUGGAAAUAACCAGUCCAAUAAGUGUACUAAAGCCUUGUACACCAAGCACAGUUUUCCCACUGAGCCAUCUUCUGGUGUUUAUAAAAGAUUAGCAGAACUAUUUCAUCCUAAAAGAAUUGUCUUGUUUUCUUAUUAUAAAUAAAUUGUCAACCAAGAAUAGAACAGCACAAUACUUUGAAUAAAAGAACCUAUCUGCAAAUGACAGUUAUCAUCUGCCAUCCAUUUUACGGGUUAUGUUAGUUUAUUCUGAAGACUAAAUAUUUUUUCUUAACACUUUCUAAGAAACACAAAUGAAUGGCAGAUUAUUUUCUCUGGUUAAAGGAGGUUGUAGCUAAGGCUGAUGAUCUGUUUAUUCUGUGAGAGACAAACAUUAUUUAUGCAAAUUUUCUCUGAUUACUAUAAGUGCUAUUUAUGUCUUAUGCAUACCUACACAGCAUCACAUACAUAAAUAUUUUUGAAACUUGAAAAAGGACCAGUGAGUUCACUCAACAGUUGAAGAUACUUACUGCAGAACUUGACUACGUGGGUCAAACAUACACAGAGGAAAUAGGAAUAGACAUGUGUAAGUUGGCUUCUGGCUGACACGUGCACAUGCUAGCACAGUUGUAUGCAACUAGGUAAAAGCUACUGAACAUGAAAUUAAGAAAAUAAAAUAACCACAGCAUUGAGAACACAAAUGAUUUAUCAGUUGUAAUUUUUACAAUGUUGUAUUCCAAGGGGUGCUUCAGUGAUCAGAGAAUGAAGGUUUG